UUAUGUUAUUUUAAUUAUACGUAUGAUUUUGUGUAUAUAAUAUUUCGUCUGUUUGUUUAUUGUUUGAAUACUAGAUUUUGACAUAUCCUUUUGUGUUGUUGGUUGAUUAUUUUGUUAUCAAUACUUUAAAAUUACAAUGUUUUGCAAAGUGAGGAAAUGUAUUUUUCAAGUAUUUUUUAUUGAUUAAUUUUGUACUUGUGCAAGAUUUUAAAUUUAUAUGUUAGAAAGGAUAAUUAAUUUGUUCAUCAAUUUUGUAUCAAUAUUAUUAAAUAGACAUUAUAUACAUAAUAGUAUUUUUAUAAUAUGACAAAAAAUAAUUUAUUAUCUUAUUAUUUUAACAUUUUGCCAGCAGUUUCUAAUUCAAUAUUAAAAAAUAAUCAAAUGGUUUGUUCUUCAUGAAAAAUGAAAAAAUAAAGUUUAACCACAGUAUUAAAUAGUAUUCAUUAUAAACAAGGUUAAUUAAACCACACAUUCUUUUACAAGUACAGAAAAUAAAUGCUAAAACUAUUUGGGAUCAAGAAAUUCGAUUCAACAUUUGACAAAUGAAAGUUAAUAAUAUCGUUGAAAAAGUAAAAUAGAAAGUCUCUGGUUUAGUUCUUUUAAAUUUCCGAGCAAUGGUGGGAGAGAACGUGUUGAAUAGUUGGGGAGGAGAAUAUAAGCACUUUCUUUCCUUUUCUAUUAAUUCUUCCACGUUGUCUCCAAACUUGGUCAAGUUUCUCCAAUCUUGUCAUUGCCAUGGAUCAAAAGCCUCUCGGAUUGCUAACGAUUCACGUCAAAAGAGGUAUCAAUCUCGCCAUUCGCGACCACAGAAGCAGCGAUCCUUAUGUUGUCAUCACCGUCGCCGAACAGACAUUGAAAACACGUGUGAUAAAGAAAAACUGCAAUCCAGUAUGGAAUGAAGAAAUGACUGUUGCAAUCAAAGAUCCCAAUGUCCCUAUCCGCUUGACAGUGUUUGACUGGGACAAGUUCACUGGAGACGACAAAAUGGGAGAUGCAAACAUAGACAUUCAACCAUACUUAGAUGCUCUCAAAAUGGGGAUGGAGCUUCUUAGGCUUCCUAAUGGAUGUGCUAUCAAGAGGGUUCAGCCAUCGAGGCUGAAUUGUUUAUCAGAUGAAAGUAGCAUUGUUUGGAACAAUGGUAAGAUCACGCAAGACAUGAUCCUGAGGCUUAACAAUGUCGAGUGCGGGGAGAUUGAGAUCAUGCUUGAAUGGCAUGAAGGUGCUGGUUGCAGAGGUGUCACUUCCUCUUCCAAAGGAGGAGUCUCUUCCUCUACCUAAGAAAUGUUUGUUUGUUUGUUGUUGUUGUAUACCGGAUGAAAGAUAUGUUGUUGUUGUUGUUUGGAUAUGUAUAAGAGACAUAAAUCAUGUUUUUUUGAUGACCUUUUCAUUCAAUAAGAAAAUUUGGAGGAUUGAGUCUU